UCCAAAUGAAACGAACGCCAGUCCUUUCGUUAAUCCUUGUCUAUCCUUUUUUAUCUCGGGACUCAUAGCAGUCUGAUCACUAUGGGACAGCGAAGCGGUGGGGCAAAGCCAUGCGGAUGACAGUUAAAUAAGAGGGAAAAGUAGGUCUGUCCGACUUUAGUGGGCGCAAAUUAGGCGCAUGUAGGCAACCUGCGUAUGCGUAAAAGCAGGUCAAAAUGUUAUUCUUCCUUCUCCUGGGGCUCUGUGUGGCCACAGGUGAACUUUUUUCUAAAGUGGAAUCCUGCCCAUCGCAGUGCAGCUGUUUUUACCACAAUUUAAGUGAUGGAUCAAAGGCAAGGAGCGUGAUAUGCAAUGAUCCCGAGAUAUCCCUCGUGCCUGCCGGGUUCCCUGUUGAUACAUCCAAGCUGCGGAUUGAAAAGACCUCCAUCCAGCAGAUACCAAGCGAGGCCUUCAGCUACCUCUCCAGUCUGGAAUUCCUGUGGAUGUCUUUCAACACGCUGUCGGCUUUGAGCCCAGACAGUUUCCAAGGACUGUUCAACCUGGAGGAGCUUCGUCUGGACGGGAAUGCCCUCACAGCCUUUCCGUGGGAAUCUCUCAUGGACAUGCCCAGCCUCAGACUUCUGGAUUUGCACAACAACCAGCUAACCUCGCUGCCCGCAGAAGCCACCACUUACAUCAAAAACCUCACCUACCUGGACCUGUCCAGCAACAGCCUGCUGACUCUGCCGUCGGAGGUGCUGUCCACUUGGCUGGCUGCAAAACCCACACAGGGGCCGGAGAGCUCAAAGAUGAUACUUGGUCUCCAUGACAACCCUUGGGUGUGUGACUGUCGGCUCUAUGACCUGGUCCAGUUCCAGAAGUCUCCCACGCUUUCUGUUGCAUUCAUUGACACAAGACUCCGUUGUUCAGCCCCAGAGAGUCUGUCAGGGGUCUUGUUCAGUGAUGCAGAGUUGCGCCAGUGUCAACUCCCACGCGUCCACACAGCUGUGGCACGAGUCCGGAGUCCAGUUGGAAACAAUGUUCUGCUCCGUUGUGGGACCAUUGGAAUCCCCAUACCAGAUUUGACGUGGCGCCGGGCAGAUGGACGGCUCCUCAAUGGAACAGUCCAGCAGGAAACAUCUCAGGAGGGAAUCACAUGGUCCAUCCUGAGUGUCCCAGCUGUGUCCUUUCGCGAUUCAGGGAAAUUCAUCUGCAAGGCCAGUAAUUAUGCUGGUAAUGCUGAGGCUGUCAUUUCUCUUAUUGUUUCUAACUCAGUAAAACCAGAAGGGAACCAGACCACCAGUGACAAAAAGGCCAAAGUCAAGAAACCAAACCCGAUGGGCAAAGCUGCCUAUCAAGAGAAACUGGUAGCCAGAUAUUUAGUUUCAACCUCUACCCCUUCAUCCUUGCCGGCCCUGGAUCCUGCCCUUGCACCUGAUCUUGGUCCUGAUCCUGGACUAGCUAGUUACAGCCUUACUGACAGAACCACCCAAGGGCCCGCAACUUCCUCCAACGCAGAUACGCUACUGGAUUUGGAGAAAACAAACCUAAGCAACUUAGCAGCGAACACGUCAUCACUACAGCAGGACCCAGACAGGGUUGUCCGCUCGGUGAAGGUAGUGGGGGACACAGACAAUAGAAUCUAUCUAAACUGGAGAGCCCCUAAAGCCAAGAACACAACAGCAUUUAGUGUUCUUUAUGCCGUGUUUGGAGAAAGGGAUAUGAGAAAGAUAAAUGUUGGAGCAGGGCAGAACCGUGUAACCAUUAAUGGGUUGGUGCCAAAGACCAAGUACAUUGCCUGUGUGUGUGUGAAGGGGCUGAUUCCCAGAAAAGAACAGUGUGUUAUAUUUUCCACGGAUGAAGCAGCUAGUGCUACCGGCACCCAGAAGAUGAUUAAUGGGAUUGUGAUCACCGUGGCCUGUAUCAUAGCAGUCCCACUCACUAUCAUCGUAUGCUGUGGGGCGCUGAAGAGACGCAUCCAGAAGUACUGGGGAAAGAAGUCAAAGGAUAUUCAAGAUUCAUAUGUGACCUUUGAAACACUGUCGCCUGCCACAAAGGCCAAAGGUCUUGAGGGCGAGUAUUUAAACAGACUGAACCCAGAGGAAUCCAACAGGCUGCUGUCAGCCCGCUCCAGCCUGGACUCUGAGGCCACAGCUAAGAUAGAGGGACAGCCCAAUGAGUACUUCUGCUGACAUCAUGCUCCAGCUCCGGCUCCUGCUCCACGUCCUUUUCCUCCCAGUCAUCCACAUCCAUACUAUAGCCCAAACCCCAAUACUCAUCCAUAUUCCCAUCAGCGUACCAAUCUCCACCAAUAUCCAUAUCCACAUCACCACCUUCACUCUCGCCCUAUACAAUAUCCUAAUGUCAGUCCCCCUCCUGCACGCCCUCAUAGGUCCAGACCAUGCGAUUCUCCCCCACCUGUACCUCCUCGCUGGAUAAUGCCACCGACUCCACCACCUAGAAGAGCCAACUUUUAUCAAAGGACUUUUGCACGCUGCACUAUAAUGGAAAUAUCGGUUUAAAGAAAUUGGUUAGGUCUAGAAAAUGUCAUCAUUCUAGUACAGCUUCUGACUGGACUGCUGCACAGACACCCAUCCAUUAAUAGUAAGACUUGAUUUUAUGUGUAAAAGAAUGUUUUAUCACUAAGCCUGUAAGAAAAAACUUGUCAGAUCAUUACAAGUAUUUGUAAUUUAUAUAUCAUCUUAUGUGGAUGGCCCAGCGAAGAAACCUAUUUAACCCAAUGUGAUUUAAAGGGAAGUCAGUGGUAGAUACUCCAUUGUUUAUAUUCUAUAUGUAUGUGUAUGAUUUGUAAACAUUUAUUGGAUGAUGUACACUUACAUAUACAGUUAAUUCUGUGCCUCUGUAUAUAUCUGUCAUACGUUCACAGAGAAGAUAUACACAUAGGCAUGGUUCAACACUGCUGAAUGGAGAGAAGCUGGAGCUGGAGAGAAGUAUGACACAAUGUAAAUAGGGUGGAAUGAUGUGAAAUGAGGUGUUAAAUUAUUUUUAUUUCCAGCUAUGAGAAAACAUAUGUAUUCAUUUUAUGCCAUCUUGAGGCACUGUUGUCCACAUUUAAUGUAGAUUUAUUCAUUCCAGUCAUACCACAUAUUUAAAUAUGCUUUUAUAUACAUUUACCCAGUAAGUGAUACCAUGUAUGUUCAUUGUUUCCAGCUAGAUUUUCAAUAGCGUUGAGAAAGAGCAGCUCAUAUCUAUCAGUGUCUCAAGUGGUCUAAGAGCCUGGUGCCCAAAUAUAGGCUUUUAUAAGCCAUUCAUUUGGACACUUUCUGUCUUUUUAGCUUUUGAAAUAUUCAGAAUCAGAAAAAAAAUGCUAUUUUGGCCAAGUUUGCAUACACAGCUAAAGAAUUGGGAGUAGGUCACCAUGCUGUCUGUGUGCACAGGACAAACGUCAGAAACUUAAUUAAAACAAUAACACAUCAAAAAAAUAAAAAUUCUUUGAACAACAACCUUGCAUGUUUUAAUCUUUUAGUAUGUCAUUGUCUUUUCAACUCUAAAUGACAAC